AUGACACGCUUGAUCGCGCGCUAGAGUUCUGGUGGAUCUGGUCUCUCAGAGUUGCUAUCCACUACGGAGUUUGGCUGCGAUCGCACACUUCCCUUCUGCGGCAUUCCUCACCAACUUCAUUAUCCCUUUAUUCUCUCAUCUACUUGGUACUUCCGUGAUCCUUCCGGCUCGAGUGCUUUCGGUUGUGGCGCGACUGAAAAUUGCACCGGUCUACCGAUGCCACGGCCGGCUUUACGUAUCCUUUCUUACGUCCGGACCUGCAAAACGAUAUCCAACCUCACCGUUAGCCUUGUUUCCGGUCCGCCACAUACACACGUCUACGUUAGAUUACCUUCACACCUUCUUCUUGUUGGCUCAACUUUCUUAGACCUCAAGCCCAUUGAACUGCCUGCUGAAUUCGAGUCUCAUGGUAUGCUUUUUCUCUUCUGCUUUCACUUCUCAAUCUUUUUGUCCUCUACUUAUCUGUUGCCCCAUCAUUCACAGAAAACAUUGUAUAUUUAUCACCGAGGCUUAAAAAAAACGUAUUUAGAUAAUUAUUGUAGGUUCCUUAGGCCCAGUAGCCACUCCCGAAUCGACAUUGUUUGUUGUAUGACGCCCACGGCAUUGUUUAGAAGCCUGAUUUAG